AUGCCCAAGUCAGGUCUGGAAGGUCAGGCUGCCGCACGGCCCUGAUCCUCACGGCGUUGGGGCCCCAAGCCUCCACUCUCACUGUUUCUCCAUCGUACGCGUAGACUACGCUGUCUUCCUUUGCUUCGAUCAUCACGAAGACUUGUGCAAGGUCAGCAGCUCGAGAUGCGGAGAGAAGGUUUUCGUGGGCCUUAUGAUAUCGAGGCUCCACUUCCAGUCGACGUAUCGUUAUAUCUUCGCAUGAUGCCACGUCCAACGGGUUCCAACCGCGAGCAAUCGGCCUUCCAUGCCGGUGGUGGGACCACUUCAAGCGCCCACCAAAGGCCGCUCCCCAUGAAUCUGACCACCGGACAUCGAUAUCGCCACCAAAAGAGCUGUGCACCAUGCCGAUCGAGAAAGACCAAGUGCGAUCGUACGGCGCCCUGCGCAUCAUGCGUCAUGAGAUCGACGGAACAUCUGUGUUACAGCGACGUGGCGAUGGCGCCAAUCCCGCUGCCGGUCAGCAGCAACCAUGACCCGAAUGCCGGUUUUAUGGCACCCGAGCAUGCUCGCUCCGUUCCUCUCUUUCCGCCUUCCACCACUAACUCUACGCACCUCUCGACUUCCGAAGCGGACUUUUCGUCAACACCGAAUCGGACCAGCGGCAAUCUCCACAGUAGGAACAGGUCAACCUCGACUUCGUUUGCGCAGCUGGGAGCCGCAGGGCCACUAUUGCUCCCUGAACUGGUCACAUGGCAGGGAGAAUUGCAAUUCUUGCUUCCUGAUCCUCUUGGUUGCGAGAAGCUCUUUCACUGCUUCUCUUCCGAGCUCGACGGUAUCUUUGCCUGCGUUCACCCGCUUCAUCUCGACGAUGUAUGGCAACGCCUUCAGGAAGGCGCUUCCGUGCCCAGAUCCGCGGGCGCCUUGCUCCUUGCCGUUUCCGCUGUCGCGAUGCUGCUCGCCCCCAAAGCGCACGCGGCGCAUCGCGUCAAAACUGCUUCAGGCAAAGGCCACGAAGAAGUUUUUUCGGCGGCCCUCGACAACCUACAGCAACAGGGAGCUUGCGACAGCAACGAGCGUCACACGCCUCAGACCAUCUUUGAAAGUCUACAGGGACUCGAUCUGUGCUGCCAUUACGCCAACAUGGCUGGUAAUCCUGCUUCCGCCUGGUUCCUCAUCUCCUACGCCGCUCGCCUCGGCAAGGUCAUCGAUCUCUUCGACGAGCACAGCUGGGACAAGGACCUUUCCGAGCUCGAACGAGAGAUGAGAAGGCGAGUUGCAUGGGACCUCAUCGCGUUGGAUCGUUGGCAGGCCAUUUUUCGCCGGCAGAGAGCCGAUCUAGACAUUGUCCUGGAUGUGAAGAAACCGGAUCUUUAUCCGUGGGGCAACUACGACUGGACCUCCGGACGCCUCCUUGGGGCGGGCCAGAUGCCUGCCUCGGACAGUCUUUUUGAGGCUUCUCGCCGAGACCCUCCCACAACGACGAUGACGACGAACAUGUUUCUCGAGGCCCGCAACAGCAUGUCCGACCUCAUCCUCGAGGCUCAUCUUUUUCUGCGCAGGCUGCCCAGCCUAGACUGGACACAGCGCCGUGCCACCGCCAUGGCCCUUGAAGCUGCCUUUGACACCUUUGAGCAAGGACUGCCGCCCGAGCUCGACUACGGCAGAGCGCGAUUGGAGACGACAACGUCGUCCACGCUACAAUCGACCGAAUGCCUCCGGCGGCUGGGUCUUUCCCUCACUACUUGGUCCUGCAUCUGACAGGUGCGAAAACAACGCGCAAGGAUAGCUACAUUGUCCAGUCUCUGCAUCCCAAUCCUGCCCAUCCGCCGCCCAACGUUGUCGUGUCGCCAACGCAGUCACCGCAGUCCUACUCGCUUACCUCGCCCGAGCAGGUCCGGCAAGCAGCAGAGGCGUCUCCACCGCAGUCGCUGCCAAGCUCGCAUCUAGCCAAUUCCUACCUCGCCGUCCCUCCAGGGCAACAAGCUCAGUCGCAAUCUCACCGCGACAACAACAACAGCGCUGCGCUCGGC